UGUCUAAUGGAGGACUUUGCAGCGCGAACCACUGCCAUUUUGGAGGAUAUGGCGAACAACGCUGUGAUAGAAAUGUCCAAAGUUGUCCUUUCCACGGACAAGACGGACGAAUAUUUUUGGAGUGACAAUGACAUCGUUCAAGUUUCAUAUCAAGAUAAGGUGAUCCAUCUUGCCAACACUUUCAUGACAUUGCUGGCUCAAGAAGCAGUUGACAACAUCUGCCAACUUUUCCAAGAAUGUUCUGCAAUGCUGCGCUUGCAAGUGACACAGGGUGAGGCGCAGCUGAAGGACCUGAGCAUGAAGCUAGAGGAGGCGGAGACGUCGCUGAGUGCGGUGUUACAAAAUGCAUGCGCCGUGGUAGUGGAAGAGCAGUUGCAUGACCUGGUUGUUGUCGGAGCAGUGGACACAAUGGAAGGAGAGACGCAGAGCUCAGCUGUGUCCGUUGAAAUUGAAAGCCCAUCCAUCGAGGACCUGACUUUCGAGGACCAUGCGAUUGCAGCACUAACACAGGACACCAUUGUUGACCAGACGUCGUGUUACAUCAUCCAGCAGGAAAAUAAUGCAGACAUGGACAACCACAAUGAUCUUUACUAUCAGUCGGAAGAAGAUGCCCUCAACACCAGCCACAAUGGCCAAGCCAAAAGCAGAGUUGGAGCUGUCAAGCAGCAAAGAGCACAGCAGGCAGCGCGUCACCUGCCCAAGAACUUUGUGUGCUCACUGUGUGGAUGCGGCUUCCCCCUCAAACGCAGCCUCAACGUGCACAUGCGAAAGCACAUUGGGCAGCACACAGCGAAGUAUUCUCACACAUGCGACAAGUGUGGUAAGGGCUUCACACUCAAGCAGAUCCUACUGAACCACCAACGAAUGCAUAAUGAGGAGCGACCCUUCAAGUGCACACAGUGCUCCAAGAGUUUCUACCGAGCAAACGGCCUGAGGAUGCACAAACGCUUGCAUGCCCCCCGCCGCAAAGGCGAGUACCACUGCCAAGUCUGCAACAAGAUCUUCAGUUUCCAUUGCAAUCUGCAACGCCACCUGCGCAUCCACUCGGGUGAGAAGCCUUUCUGCUGCGAAAUGUGCGGGAAGAGCUUCAACCAGGCCAACACGCUCAAAAACCACCAGAGGACCCACACGGGGGAGCGGCCAUUCAAAUGCGACACGUGCGGGAAGACAUUCAACCAAAAGGGAACCCUGAAGGCGCACGCCAACGCCGCCUCCGUGGCGUGCGUGGCCUGUGGUGUGGUGGUGGCUUGUAAGGAUGGGAUGCACAACCACCUGCAAGCGCACGUUGCGCCGUGCAUCUGCACCCUGUGCGGUGAUCUACUGGCCUCUGUGACGGACUUGUGUUCGCACCAGCGGCACCACAACAUGGCCAGUCGUGCACAUGCCUGCCCCAUCUGCAAUAAGAGAUUCAAGUCAGGCACGUACUUGAAGACGCACAUCAAGUUGCACAGCGGAGUCAAGCCCUUCUCUUGUGACAUCUGCCACCGCAGUUUCACUCUGCAAAGCAGCCUCAAGUUGCACCUGGAUGUGCACAAUGAGGACAAACAGUUCUGCUGCGACGUAUGCGGCAAGUUUUUCAGCAGCUUGAACAUGCUGAUCCGCCACCAGCGCAUUCACACAGUUGAGAAGAGAGAGUACACAGGCGAGAAGCAAUACGUCUGCAACGUGUGUGGCAAAAGCUUUAACCACAAUCCCAACCUGAUCCGUCACCGCCGCAUCCACACAGGAGAGAAGCCGUACAUCUGCAGCGUGUGCGGCCGCAGCUUCAACCAGAGUAACAGCCUUAAAGCCCACCAGCAUGUCCACACUGGCCUCAAGAGGUUCAUGUGUGAGAGCUGUGGCAAAAGCUACAGUGAUAAGAGGGGUUUCAAGAAACACAAGUUAGUCCCUCUAUUGUCGUGGGGGUUGUCCAGCCUGACCCCACAACAGUCCACUUCAAGACCCAACAUGGGGGACUUUGAAGUGCGAGCGACAUCCAUUUUGGAGCAAAUGGCGAACAGGGCUGUGAUCGAAAUGAGCAAAGUGAUCUUUGAAAGCAAAACGACGCAAGAAAUGUCGCUGAGCGAGGACAACACUCCAGUUGCAUUGACAGAUAACUUAAUCCAUCAAGCCAACACCUUCAUGACGUCUCUGGCUCAAGAGGCUGCCGACAAUAUCUGCCAGCUAUUCCAUGAAUGUUCAUCUCUGCUGCACUUGCAAGUUAUGCAAGGGGAAGCCCAGCUAGAGGACCUGAAGAAAAAGCUGGAAGUAGCGGAAACAGCGCUGGAUAUGGUGCUGAGAAGCGCUCACGCCACUGUAGAGAAAGAGGAAGUACAUGUCCAGGAAGCAGAUGGACAAGUCGGCACGUCCGAAGGAGACACGCAUAGCUCAGAUAUGUCUGGGGAUGUCAAGAACUCUGCCAUCAUUUACCUAACCGACAAGGACAGCAUGCAACCAGCGCUGAAGCAGGACAGCUUUAUUGACCAGAAGUCAUGUGGGUCCAAUCAGCAGGGAGACCCUGAUGACGAUGAGCCAGACCAUCAGGAGACGGAAGACGUCAGUGACGCCAGCCACAGAAAAGGGACCAAACCUGAUGUUCCGGCCAGCAAACGGAGCGGCAGCAACUUCAGCAACAGAGUCCGCCACACAGCGCUCAAGAACUUCUCAUGUUCACUCUGCGGACGCACUUUUGCCCUCCAGCGCAGCCUCAAUGUGCACAUGCGGCAGCACACGGGUGAGCGUGCUCACACGUGUGAUGUGUGUGGUCAGGGUUUCACACUCAAGCAGAUCCUGCUGGACCACCUUCGAAUGCACAAUGAGGAGCGACCUUUUAAGUGCACACAGUGUGACAAGAGCUUCUACCAAGCGCAAGGCCUGAAGAUGCAUCAGCGCUUGCAUGUGGUGCGCCGCGACCGCGUCCAUCGCUGCCACUAUUGCAAGAAGGCCUUCAAGGUCCUCGGCAGCCUGCGGCGCCACCUGCUCAUCCACACGGGCGAGAAGCCCUUCAGAUGUGACACGUGCGGGAAGAGCUUCAACCAGGCCAGCACGCUCAAGAGCCACCACAGGAUCCACACGGGGGAGCGGCCAUUCGCCUGCUUAAGCUGCGGGAAGACUUUCAUCCAGAAGAGCACCCUGGAGACACACACAGACGCCUCCUCGCUGGUGUGCGUGGUUUGCGGCGGCGUGGCGGACUGUGUGGAGGUAAUGCGCGACCACCUACAAACGCACGCUGAAGCCUUGCCAUGCGUCUGCAUGCUGUGCGGCCAUCGGCUCACCACGGCAGCGGAGUUGCGCCCGCACCAGCAGCACCACCAUUCGACGGGAGGUGAACACGGCUGCAGCAUCUGCGGGAAGACAUUCAAGUCAGCAAGCUACUUGAAGAUACACUACAAAAUACACAUUGGAAUCAAGUCCUUCUCCUGCGACAUCUGCUUUCGCACCUUUUCGCAGAAAAGCAGCCUCAAGACGCACAAGGUGUUGCACACGGGCGAGAAGCCGUUCGCCUGCAACAUGUGCAACAAGCGCUUCGGCAACCUGGGCAACCUGACACGACACCGCCGCAUCCACACAGGCGAGAAGCCAUACAUCUGCGAUGUAUGUGGCCGCUGCUUCAACCAGAGCAGCAGCCUCAAGGCCCACCAGCAGGUCCACACAGGCCACAAGAAAUUCAUAUGUGACCGUUGCGGCAAGCGCUUCGCCUACAGGAGGAACCUCCAAAACCACAAGUGCCUCUACUAAUGACUGGCCUGAAUGGUUUAACUGAACUUGAUGGUUGAAUGGCAGCUUGCACUGAAGGAAUAUAUUCUUUAGUUGUCAUAUUUACAGUAAGGUAGUGAAAUGGCGCAGAGGCUCUGUGGUACUGGAAAAAGUCUUGAACCUUACCGCACAGCGCAUGUCACUGACCUUAUGUGGAAAUGUGUGGUAGUAAGUUAAUACAUUUCCUGGAAUCCUUGAAUUAGGGUAUAGUCAUGAUUAAGUUACAUUAAUAUUGUGUGACGGGCUUUGGAAAAAUUGCUCUUUGUCUAUGUGUGCCCUGCGAUUGGCUGGCAACUAGUUCAGGUGUACCCCGCCUACUGCCCAUAGACUGCUGGGAUGGGCUCCAGUACGCCCGCGAUCCUCGUGAGAGUGAUUCCCUUCUCUAAUUUCAAUUGAACUGUAGAUGGCAGUAGUAUGCAAACAAAUGCAGUUUAGUUCCAAUGUUUCCCAAUCUUGAUGGAGCUCAGUCAUUUAUUUCACGUUCAAAUAAACGGCACCCAUUAUUUGUAGUUUGUAGAUUUAUCUUUGGAACAAGUGAAAUGGGGCAGUAGAGUGUUUGGGAAUUCCUAGUGUAAGCCACUACCAACUCCAACCAAAUCAGCUUUUGCAAAGACUUUUUUUAAAUGCAUCUCACCAGAUUGUGCAGGCAAUGUAAUGACUACAAAGUAGAUGCGUUUGGUCUUUGUGUCUCAAAACAGCUGUUUUAAAAUACAUUUUACAUGGAGCUCACCUCUUCCUGAUAUAAAAUCCAUUCGCUGUUAAAAUAAAUUUGUUUUGCUUCAUGGCAA